GGCGAAGAUAAAGGAGGAUGAAGCAAAAGAGAGGGCGAAGCAAGAGGAAGAGGAGAGGCUCUCAUCUUGGAAGAAGGAACGAGAGAAGUUUGAGGAAGCGAUGGGCGAACGGUUGGAAAGAAGGCUGGACGCUUUAGGGAUUGGCAAGGGUAAGUCCACCGGAGGGGAGUCUAGUAGCGAGGAAGCGGUUAGACUGAGGCAGGAGAACGAGGACUUGAAGCGGAAAUUAAGUGAAGCUUUGUGUCCCGUUGGAGAGGAUCGUGUUCGUUAUUUGCAGAAUGAAGUUAUGGAGCUGCGCAAGCAAGUCGGGGAAAAGUAUGUUAAUGAUGAUGCUAUCGUUGCUCUUAAGGCUGAGAUCGGGGAGCUCAAGCAGUCGGCCUUCAUGAAGACUAACUUUGAGCGUGAAAUAGCCGGCCUACGAAAUGAGGUCAACUCGCUUCGUGAGCAGAAUGAGCGGGUUGUCGCGGAAGCCGAUAAAUGGAAGGAGCAGGCAUUGUGGCCUGGUAAUAAACGGGGGAGUGUGGUUCUGCAGACGCCGGAGUGUUCUAAUAGGGGUUCCCCUAAACCUCGCUGGACUGAUAACGUGCGAGAAGAGGACAAGUGGAAAGUGGAGUAUAGGAAUUGGCAGAGCCUUCAUCGCUUGGCUAACAUUGAGGCAAAGGCUCUUAAGGAAAAGCGAGCCGAAGCGGAGGCUCGGAGGGCUGAAGUUGAGAGACAGGUUAAAGCCUUGGAAGAGAAGAUGGGGCGACUGAUGGCGAGCAGAGAGGAGGACAAAGGGAAGACGGCUGGUGGUACUAAUCUCAAAGAUCGUCUGGAGGAAGCUGCAAUUCGUUCUGUCAUGAAAGGUGUUAAGGCGACCCUCGAAAGAACGGCGGCAAAAUCCGUUCCAGCUUCGGCUCCAUCGGGCAGCGAACCGGUUAAUGGCCAAGGUGUGACCACGACCAACGAUCGUGCCGAGUUCGUGGAAGAGCAGAAACGGCAGCUUCGCAUGUUGCGGAAGGACGGCUUGGAGCCGCUCUGUAAGGAGGCAGGGGUGAAGUUGGGCAAAUUUGAAGACAAUCCGUGAUCUCGCCGAAGCCCGUGCCAGGAAGGCUUUCGGUGAAAUCCCGGGUCCCUCUUCGAAGCGUACUGAUGAUGCGCUGGAGGUAAGUGAUGAUACCUCUAAGCACUCCGACAAUACCGAGGAUGAUGAGGGAAGGUCGGCCGAGUUGUAGGAUCCCUUCCCGAACGCGUCUUUGCUUUGGUUUUGGGCUAAUGAAUGUCGUAGAAAGAG